CCUUAUCUCCAGUGUCAAACUUGACAUCAGCCUGCGAGCGGAGCAUGGUAACUUCUCCAGCAAUCAGAGCGCUCCCCCUCACAUCAGUGGCACGCUUCAUGGAGAUAUGCUCCUCUCACUGCCCUCUGCACCAGCAACAUGGACUGUCACCUCUCCAUCCUCCUCCUCCUCCUCCUCAGCAGCUCGGUUCUCAACUGCUUCGGGGAACUGACUCUCCCGCCGUCCAAUGAAGUCAAUCUGCUGGAUUCCAAAACGAUUCAAGGGGAGCUGGGCUGGAUCUCCAGCCCAUCACAUGGGUGGGAAGAAAUCAGUGGUGUUGAUGAGCAUUACACACCCAUCAGGACUUACCAGGUGUGCAAUGUAAUGGAACACAGUCAAAAUAAUUGGCUGAGGACCAACUGGGUCCCCAGGAACUCAGCUCAGAAGAUCUAUGUGGAACUCAAGUUCACUCUACGAGACUGUAAUAGCAUCCCGUUCGUUUUGGGAACCUGCAAGGAGACUUUCAACCUGUACUACAUGGAGUCUGAUGACGAUCAUGGGGUCAAAUUCCGAGAGCAUCAGUUUACAAAGAUUGACACCAUUGCAGCUGAUGAAAGUUUCACGCAAAUGGAUCUUGGGGACCGUAUUCUUAAACUCAACACUGAAGUUAGAGAAGUAGGCCCUGUCAACAAAAAGGGAUUUUAUUUGGCUUUUCAAGAUGUUGGAGCUUGUGUUGCCUUGGUGUCCGUGAGAGUGUACUUCAAAAAGUGCCCAUUUAUAGUGAAGAAUCUGGCCAUGUUUCCAGACACAGUACCAAUGGAUUCUCAAUCCCUGGUGGAGGUUAGAGGUUCUUGUGUUAACAAUUCAAAGGAGGAGGAUCCUCCUAGGAUGUACUGCAGUACAGAAGGCGAAUGGCUUGUACCCAUCGGCAAGUGCUCAUGCAAUGCUGGCUAUGAAGAAAGGGGUUUUAUGUGCCAAGCUUGUCAGCCCGGUUUCUACAAGGCUGCGGACGGUAACACGAAGUGUGCCAAGUGUCCACCUCACAGUUCCACUCAGGAAGAUGGUUCAAUGAACUGCAGGUGUGAGAAUAAUUACUUCCGAGCAGACAAAGACCCUCCAUCCAUGGCUUGUACCCGACCUCCAUCUGCACCAAGAAAUGUUAUCUCUAAUAUAAACGAGACCUCCGUUAUCCUGGACUGGAGUUGGCCCCUGGACACAGGAGGCCGGAAAGAUGUUACCUUCAACAUCAUAUGUAAAAAAUGUGGGUGGAAUGUAAAACAGUGUGAGCCAUGCAGCCCAAAUGUUCGCUUCCUCCCUCGACAGUUUGGACUCACCAACACCACGGUGACAGUGACAGAUCUCCUGGCACACACUAACUACACCUUUGAAAUCGAUGCCAUUAACGGGGUGUCAGAGCUGAGCUCACCACCACGACAGUUUGCUGCAGUCAGCAUCACAACUAAUCAGGCUGCUCCAUCACCUGUCAUGACCAUUAAGAAGGAUCGGACAUCCGGAAACAGCAUCUCUUUAUCCUGGCAAGAACCCGAACACCCUAAUGGGAUCAUAUUGGACUACGAGGUCAAAUAUUAUGAAAAGCAGGAGCAAGAGACAAGUUAUACCAUUCUGAGGGCAAGAGGCACAAAUGUUACCAUCAAUAGCCUCAAGCCUGACACUACUUACGUAUUCCAAAUCCGAGCCCGGACAGCAGCUGGAUAUGGGACCAACAGUCGCAAGUUUGAGUUUGAAACGAGUCCAGACUCUUUCUCUAUCUCUGGUGAAAAUAGCCAAGUAGUAAUGAUUGCCAUUUCAGCGGCAGUAGCAAUUAUUCUCCUCACAGUCGUCACCUACGUUUUGAUUGGAAGGUUCUGUGGCUAUAACAAGUCAAAACAUGGUACAGAUGAAAAAAGACUUCAUUUUGGAAAUGGACAUUUAAAACUUCCAGGUCUCAGAACUUACGUUGACCCACAUACCUAUGAAGACCCUACUCAAGCAGUUCAUGAGUUUGCUAAGGAAUUGGACGCCACCAACAUAUCCAUUGACAAAGUUGUUGGAGCAGGUGAAUUUGGCGAGGUGUGCAGUGGUCGCUUAAAACUCCCAUCAAAAAAAGAGAUUUCAGUGGCCAUCAAGACCUUGAAAGUGGGCUACACUGAAAAGCAAAGGAGAGACUUCCUGGGAGAAGCAAGCAUUAUGGGACAAUUUGACCAUCCCAAUAUCAUUAGGCUGGAGGGAGUUGUCACUAAAACAAAAUCACAGGUCAGUGUAACAUAUGAAUACAUUUUCAAUAACACUGCAGAUGAAUUUCCAAAAAAACAUGAUGCCCAGUUCACAGUCAUCCAGCUAGUGGGGAUGCUUCGGGGGAUAGCAUCCGGCAUGAAGUACCUCUCGGACAUGGGCUACGUUCACCGAGACCUUGCUGCUCGGAACAUCUUGAUCAACAGCAAUUUGGUGUGUAAGGUUUCUGAUUUUGGACUUUCACGUGUUCUAGAAGAUGACCCAGAAGCUGCUUAUACAACAAGAGGAGGAAAGAUUCCCAUCCGGUGGACAUCACCAGAAGCUAUAGCCUAUCGCAAAUUCACGUCAGCCAGCGAUGUAUGGAGUUAUGGCAUUGUUCUCUGGGAGGUGAUGUCCUAUGGAGAGAGGCCAUACUGGGAGAUGUCCAAUCAGGAUGUAAUUAAAGCUGUGGACGAGGGCUAUCGACUGCCACCCCCCAUGGACUGCCCGGCUGCGUUGUAUCAGCUGAUGCUGGACUGCUGGCAGAAAGACAGAAACAACAGACCCAAGUUUGAGCAGAUUGUCAGCAUUCUGGACAAGCUCAUCCGGAACCCAGGCAGCCUGAAGAUCAUCACCAGUGCAGCAGCAAGGCCAUCAAACCUUCUUCUGGACCAAAGCAAUGUCGACAUCACUACCUUCCGCACAACAAAUGACUGGCUUAAUGGUGUUCGAACAGCACAGUGCAAAGAAAUCUUCACAGGCGUGGAAUACAGUUCUUGUGACACCAUAGCCAAGAUUUCUACAGAUGACAUGAAAAAGGUUGGUGUCACUGUGGUUGGGCCACAGAAGAAGAUCAUCAGUAGCAUUAAAGCUCUAGAAACACAAUCAAAGAAUGGUCCAGUUCCAGUGUAAAGGGCUAUUUCUCAAAGGGAGUGGUGGCUGUGGAAGAUGUAGCAUCACUCUGCAGACAGAUGAUAAUGCGGGAGAUACUGGUGGAAGUUUCAAGCCCUAUAAGACACUCAUAUAUGAGUACAAAUGCCUUAAAAUGGAAUUAAAAACUCUUUAUUUUCCCAUAUCAUUAAGUGGAUUGGUGGGUGGGUGUUAUUUUGUUUUGCAAUUGAUUUUUUAUAUUAGUUGAUGGAUGAAAUUAAAAUUCUUCAGCAUGAAAUGACGAAGAGCUAGCCUAGAGCCAUGGAUCAUAUACUGACUAUUAUAAAAGCAAAACAAGUGAAAUAACAAAAUGAACAUAAUGGCUCUGUUCACUACUAGCCACAAAGGAAAAGACUUGUGAUAUUUUUCUACACAGAAGAAAUCUGUAACAGGUAUUUUUUUUUUCUUUAAAAGCAAGAAAAACAGAGGAAUUUAUACCUCAAACUAUCUGGCCAUAUUUACUACCUUUUCAUUGCAUUAUUCUCUUUUAUCUGUUAAAAAGCAUAUAAAGUUUGUAGCUGUUUUAAGUACCAUACACUUAUAAUUAUUAGCUUUGUUAAGUAUUAUCAUGUAAAAUGUGUCUUAAUUUUGAAGAAAAGUACAUAUUUAUUUUCUUUCUAAUUGUUUUUAUUGUUUUCUAUUUAUGCCUCAAUGAUUUAAUUUGGAUUUGUUACAGCCAAGUGCCAAAUGCUCUCUCAAAUUGUCAGCAGUAGGAAACAUGGAAAACUAAACAUAGGGAAUGAUGGGUUUCUUUCCAGAUUUUCAAAACAUCCAUGUAUAUAUAGAAACCAAAUCAACUUCCCUGUUCAUUCACUAACCAAAUCUCUCACAGUCUGAAUUAUCUCACAUAUUUUUGUCUCUCCAUUUAGUAUAAACUAUAUGCUCCUAAUUUAGUGUAAUAUACUGGCUUGUAAGUAAUGGGUUCUCAAUGGCAUACCUGCCCUAUUCUGGUGUUUAGGAAACCAUUCAUUGGUAAAGAAGCUAAGUUAGAGCUCCUAAAUAGAGAAUAGCUACACUGUAAAUAAUUGGAAUCCUAUUUCAAUUGCUGCAUUAAUUGGCAACACAGCCUGUUGGCCAAUGCAUAAGUAAAAAGCAAUCACUUUCUGGCAGGCUCUGAAAUGUCACUCAAUAUCUUAGCUUAUAAUUGCUGAGCUGUUUUUAGCUAAUGAUUAUAACUAAACUACUCAUCUGAAUCAUGGGAGUUUAGUUUAAUUAACUAAACUUUGUAAUAAUCUAUAGCAGGUAUUGUUAUCUUAAAGAGUCUUUCACUGAAAUGCACCUGUUGUAAUGUUGGUGUAUAAAUUAGAAGCAUUAAACUACUUUACAUAAACAGUUUAUUUUUGAAAUACAUAAAAUGGUUAUCUAGCAAAUGAUACAAAAUCUGUAGGCAGUGGAGAGAUCUCUCAUUGUGGGAACUUAGACUUACUAUUUCAUAAAGGUCAAAUAUGAGCAUAAUCAGUAAUAUUUGAAAAGCUGUACCUGGUAUAGAUCUAGCCACUAAAACAUUCUAUCUAUAUCUUCUAAUGCUGAUAUGAUCACUUUAUGAGGAUAAUAAAUGCAUAUGUCAUAAGAAUACAAUGGAUAAAACAAUACUGCAAACUUUAUGUUUUUAUGCAAAAUGGAACAUUAUAUAGCUUACAAUCAGAUCAAAAUUCACAAGUGCUAAUAUGUUGUAAGUUUACUGUAAUAAGGCUUAGGUUGUGUUCCUUCACAUAUGAGAUUAUUUCUUAAAUUUGGCAAUAAUCCUUACAGUCAAAUCAUCCAACUAGAAUUUUAUAUUGGAUAUAUAAGAGCAUGAAUUUUUAUAAAGUUAUAUGCAAUGAUAACAUUAAUUACAAAUUUAACUUAAGCCUAGAAGCAGCUAAAACCAUUUUUAUGUUGUGGAAUGUUAGACUGAAACCUAAUUCUGGCUUUAAUCUCAUUUUAUCCCAAACAAGCAUUUACUUUUGUAUUCUGAGCAUACUCAAUGAAAUCUGUGCAUUUCAUGAACUAAUAGAAGUUGAGGAUUGUUAUUUUGGCUAUGGUUUCCAUUUGAAAGCAGAAGUCAUAGACACAGUAUAUUGCUCUUCAUUUUGUUCACUAUUUUUCUACCCGACCUCUUAUACAUUUACUUUACACAAUUCUUAUCCUGUACAUAUGUAAACAUAACAGUAUACGAUUCUUAACUGUGCAGUAGAGGUACUAGAUGCUGGUGGCCAUCUCUUUGUACAGGAACUGCAUUGACUUUCCAUAAACAUGAAACCAUAUCUCCAUACAAUGAUAUGUAUCAUAUUAUCUGUUUUGUAUCGUAAACUUGAUUUACAUAUAUUAUUUAUUUCUGGUACCUUGCCCAGGUUAUUCUGUACUAAGUAUCAACAAAACCAUGUAUAAAUGUGAUAUGAUUGAAAAUAUGUACUUACUUUAAACUUGUCUUUUCAAAACAUUACUCAUUUAGUUUAUGUUGUACAAUGUAGAUGGCCUCUUACUAAUGUAAAAUGAUUUGUAGUGGGAACAUUUAUAUUUUUAUAAUAAACAUAAUGAAAAUAUUUUUUA